CAACGGCUUUCUUCUCACAAAUAAAACGGCAAUGCAAGCAGCUCGGCACAUACAGCCUCCACCCACUGUUCUAAUUUUAUAGCCUCCAAUCCGUCCCUGUUCCGUCUCCCUUCUUUCGGCCGACGGACACACCUCCACUGCUGCCAUGCCGCCUCCACCUCCAGGUAGCCUCACCCCGGACCAGCUCUGCUUCUUCGACACCAACGGUUACCUCGUACUGGAGCAGUUCGCUGGCGCGGAGGAGGUGCAGGCGAUGCGGGACCGGAUGGGCCAGCUCGUCGCCGUGUUCGACGGCGCCAGCACCACCGUCUUCAGUGGGGAUCAAAAGCAAGUAAUGGAUGACUACUUCUUCAAGAGUGCAGAGAAUAUUUCAUUCUUUUAUGAGGAAAAAGCAUUUGGAGAUGAUGGAUGCUUGAAACAACCAAAAGAACUUUCAAUUCACAAAGUUGGCCAUGCAUUACACCAACUUGACCCAGUGUUCAAAAAGUUUUCCUUCUCAGAGAGUAUUUCAAGCCUGUUCUCUUCUUUGGGCUACAGGAGACCUGCAGUUAUUCAAUCUAUGUACAUCUUUAAGCAACCACAUAUUGGUGGUGAGGCGGUGCCACACCAGGAUAGUACAUUCAUUAACACAGAGCCCCCAUCGUUGACAGGCUUGUGGCUUGCGCUUGAAGAAGCAACAAUCAACAAUGGUUGCCUAUGGGUAAUUCCAGGAUCACAUAAAAAUGGCCUGGUACGGAGAAUGAUCAGAGAUGAAAAUGGUACUCAUUUUGAUCGCCCUUCCGCAUCAUAUGAUCACAAAGAAUUUGUUCCACUAGAAGUAAAAUCAGGGACUUUGGUGAUGCUACAUGGAGAUAUUAUACAUAAGAGCUUUGCAAAUCUUUCUCCAACAUCAAGACAUGCACUAAUCUUGCAUCUAGUUGAUACUGAAGGAUGUAAAUGGUCUGAGGAAAACUGGUUACAGCGAAAAACUGCCCCUGAACCGCUUUAUUAUGUUUCUUAAACCGGUAACCAGCGUAUCAAUAAAGACUGAUUUUCCAGCAAGCAAUUCCUGAGUGCAAAAAAUAAAUGAUCAACGCUGCCGGGCAUUGUUGUGCUCCAUUCCCCGUUGAACUUUGUAAACACUCCUUGAUAAUGUGACAUCAUGGAUAUUUGUUGAUGUCUUCAGAUCUUAAAACUAUGUUCGUGAGAAAAAAAAACUGCAGAAAAAAA